AUGGCAUUCCGUUCCGCCUUUCGCGCCGCGCGCAGCGGCCUCCGGUACGCUGCGUCGCGGCCGGCAUUGGCGACCGCUGCUACGACUGUCACGGGAUCUGCAGUGGCGGGCUUCGCUUGGGCAAAGCCCAGUGCAUGCCAGACCUCUUCGCUCGUAGAUGUGUCUGGCCUAACAAAGGUUGCCAAGACGGACGAUGUGGGGCUCCUGCCACAGCCAACGAACCCCAAGUACAAGACCGCGCUGGUCCAAAUCUACGUGGGUUCCCAGCCCUUCGGUGGCUCCGACAAGAGCGCCAGCGGCCACCGUUACGACUCUAUUCCCAUUGCCAACGGCAUGAUCGCUUCGGGCAUGAGCUGCCAGCUGGUCCACUACGUGCCAGAGGAGCACGACGCCUUCAUCAAAGCCAUGGAGGGCUUCGAUGCAAUCAUCGUACGCUGUAAUCCUGGCCAGAUCAACGCAGCCGGCGGCGGCCAGAUGAAGUUCGAUGAUGCCAUGCGAGGGCUGCAGAAAAAGGGCAAGCAGGUCUGGCCCUCGCCUGAUGUGAUGACGAACAUGGGCGCCAAGGACGCGCUGUGCAAGAUCGCGGACCUCUCCAUCGGAUUGCCGGACACGCUAGCAUACUACUCCCCAGAGGAGUUUGCUGCCGGCUUCAAGAAGACGAUGGCCUUCCAGCCCCGUGUCAUCAAGCAGAACCGAGGCUCCUCCGGCGAAGGCAUCUGGAUCAUCAAGCUCAAGUCGGGGAACUACUGCAAGAACUUCGGUGAUCGUCUCUGCUCCGACGAUGAGGUCCUCGAAAUGAUGGAGGCCUGCGACAAUCACUCUGAGACCCACACGGUGGCCGAGUUCAUUGAGUUCUGCGUCAAUGGUCGGAACGAGAAGUCGGGCAAAUGGGACACUAUUGGAACUGGCAAGUACCUGGAGGGUGGCAAGGCCGCUGGUGGCCAGCUUGUGGACCAGCGCUUCUGCCCGCGCAUUGUGGAAGGUGAGGUGCGCAUGAAUAUGAUCGGCGACACCUGCACAGGCAUUAUCCACAAGAAGCCCAAGGCAGGCGGCAUCUCUGCGGUCGGUGGGACCGGCUCUGUGUACACCUUCUACACGCCGGAUGCCCCCGAGUUCAAGCAGCUCUCUGAGGACUUCCUGAAGACCUCCAUCCCGACCCUGAUGCAGAGCCUCGAGCUGCCCAGCGAGCCCCUUCCGCUUUGGUGGACGGCGGAUUUCAUCAACGCGGACCCAGGCAAGCCUGGAACACCCUGCACCAUCGACAAGUGGAUCGUGGGAGAAUUCAACUGCUCUUGCGUCGGCAUUUCGAAGUGCCUCCCUGCCUACUGCAAGGCUGACACUCCCAAUGCCAGUUUUUUUGACAUCCCCGUCAAAGACCUCAUGGAGGCUACAUACCUCGGCAACAUGAUGGGGCAGAAGGCCCUUGAAAUCCUCGACAGCCAAGGUGCCAAGCUCUCACCCGGGGCGGCCAAAGUCUUGACGCGGAUCGAGGCGCUGCGGGGCGCGGCCAAAGCCGGCGUGCUCAGCAGCGAGGAAGCAGGCAGCAUGCUGGACAAGCUCUUUGAUGUCUGA